GAGGGGGAGGUGCGAGCCGGGCACCGCCCCCGGCCCCUCCCCGGCCCUCCCCGCGCAGCGCUCAGACCGCGGGCGGCCCAGGGGCGGGCGCGCCGCUGCAUCCCCAUCCUCGUCGUCGCCCUGCACAGCGCGAGCGGGCGAGCGGCGCGGGCGGCCGGAGCGCCGAGGCCCGGCCAUGGCCACCACCAGCACCACGGGCUCCACCCUGCUGCAGCCCCUCAGCAACGCCGUGCAGCUGCCCAUCGACCAGGUCAACUUUGUAGUGUGCCAACUCUUUGCCUUGCUAGCAGCCAUUUGGUUUCGAACUUAUCUACAUUCAAGCAAAACUAGCUCUUUUAUAAGACAUGUAGUUGCUACCCUUUUGGGCCUUUAUCUUGCACUUUUUUGCUUUGGAUGGUAUGCCUUACACUUUCUUGUACAAAGUGGAAUUUCCUACUGUAUCAUGAUCAUCAUAGGAGUGGAGAACAUGCACAAUUACUGCUUUGUGUUUGCUCUGGGAUACCUCACAGUGUGCCAAGUUACUCGAGUCUAUAUCUUUGACUAUGGACAAUAUUCUGCUGAUUUUUCAGGCCCAAUGAUGAUCAUUACUCAGAAGAUCACUAGUUUGGCUUGCGAAAUUCAUGAUGGGAUGUUUCGGAAGGAUGAAGAACUGACUUCCUCACAGAGGGAUUUAGCUGUAAGACGCAUGCCAAGCCUACUGGAGUAUUUGAGUUACAACUGUAACUUCAUGGGGAUCCUGGCAGGCCCACUUUGCUCUUACAAAGACUACAUUACUUUCAUUGAAGGCAGAUCAUACCAUAUCACACAAUCUGGUGAAAAUGGAAAAGAAGAGACACAGUAUGAAAGAACAGAGCCAUCUCCAAAUACUGCAGUUAUUCAGAAGCUCUUAGUUUGUGGGCUGUCCUUGUUAUUUCACUUGACCAUCUGUACAACAUUACCUGUGGAGUACAACAUUGAUGAGCAUUUUCAAGCUACAGCUUCGUGGCCAACAAAGAUUAUCUAUCUGUAUAUCUCUCUUUUGGCUGCCAGACCCAAAUACUAUUUUGCAUGGACGCUAGCUGAUGCCAUUAAUAAUGCUGCAGGCUUUGGUUUCAGAGGGUAUGACAAAAAUGGAGCAGCUCGCUGGGACUUAAUUUCCAAUUUGAGAAUUCAACAAAUAGAGAUGUCAACAAGUUUCAAGAUGUUUCUUGAUAAUUGGAAUAUUCAGACAGCUCUUUGGCUCAAAAGGGUGUGUUAUGAACGAACCUCCUUCAGUCCAACUAUCCAGACGUUCAUUCUCUCUGCCAUUUGGCACGGGGUAUACCCAGGAUAUUAUCUAACGUUUCUAACAGGGGUGUUAAUGACAUUAGCAGCACGAGCUAUGAGAAAUAACUUUAGACAUUAUUUCAUUGAACCUUCCCAACUGAAAUUAUUUUAUGAUGUUAUAACAUGGAUAGUAACUCAAGUAGCAAUAAGUUACACAGUUGUGCCAUUCGUACUUCUUUCUAUAAAACCAUCAUUCACGUUUUACAGCUCCUGGUAUUACUGCCUGCACAUUCUUGGUAUCUUAGUAUUAUUGUUGUUGCCGGUGAAAAAAACUCAAAGAAAGAAUACACAUGAAAACAUUCAGCUCUCACAAUCCAAAAAGUUUGAUGAAGGAGAAAAUUCUUUGGGAUGGAACAGUUUUUCUACAACAAACAAUGUUUGCAAUCAGAAUCAAGAAAUAGCCUCGAGACAUUCAUCACUAAAGCAGUGAUUGGGAAGGCUCCAAGGGCUGUUUUUUUUUUUUUUUUUUUUUUUUUUUUGAUGUUAACAGAAACCAAUCUUAGCACCUUUUCAAGGGGUUUGAGUUUGUUGGAAAAGCAAUGAACUGGGGGGAAAUGGACAGUUAUAGAUAAGGAAUUUCCUGUACACCAGAUUGGAAAUGGAGCGAAACAAGCCCUCCCAUGCCAUGUCCCCGUGGGCCAUGCCUUAUGUAAGAGUAUUUCCAUAUUUCAGUGGGCACUCCCAACCUCAGCACUUGUCCGUAGGGUCACACGCGUGCCCUGUUGCUGAAUGUACGUUGCGUAUCCCCAGGCACUGAAGAGGUGGAAAAAUAAUCGUGUCAAUCUGGAUGAUAGAGAGAAAUUAACUUUUCCAAAUGAAUGUCUUGCCUUAAACCCUCUAUUUCCUAAAAUAUGUUCCUAAAUGGUAUUUUCAAGUGUAAUAUUGUGAGAACGCUACUGCAGUAGUUGAUGUUGUGUGUUGUAAAGGAUUUUAGGAGGAAUUUGAAACAGGAUAUUUAAGAGUGUGGAUAUUUUUUAAAUGCAAUAAACAUCUCAGUAUUUGAAAGGUUUUCUUAAAGUAUGUCAAAUGACUACAAUCCAUAGUGAAACUGUAAACAGUAAUGGACGCCAAAUUAUAGGUAGCUGAUUUUGCUGGAGAGUUUAAUGGCCUUGUGCAGUCAAAGAGCGCUUCCAGAAGGAAUUUCUUAAAACAUGAUGAAAGGUUUGGUAAUGUGAUAUUUUAAGCUUAUUCUUUUUCUUAAAAGACAGAGGUGACGAAGGAAGGCAGGAAUGAAGAAGCACUGUGUGGCCUCCGGUGGAAUGCAUGGGGCACAGCCGCGGCGCUGCCGGCCGCUUCUCCCCCACGCCAGAGCUCUGCGCCAUCAUGUGAGACUUAAAAAAGUUGAAUGACUUUGUGAUACUUUGGACUCCUAAAUUAAAUUUAUCAGGCAUAAAUUAUGUAGAAUUAGAGGCUUUGAAAAUAAUACUGGUAGGUUGCUCAAAGGUUUUGAAAGAGAAAUCGCUAGGUAGGUUACUAUCUGGCUAAUCCAUUUCUUAUCCUUGACAAUUUAAUUCAUAUUUGGGAAACUUUUAGGGAAAUGAAAACUAAAAGUCAUUGAGUCUGGGUGACAUUUUUUGAGAAUAAUGUAAAUUCAGUUUCAAACGCUUCUCACAUUAAAAUUUUGCUGUGAACUCUUACUAAAAUGAGUUUUAGGUUCUGUAAGUGGAAAAAUGUGCUUUUAUUUUAUGGGCCAUUUUUACCACGAUUAAUCUUGCCUUGGAUUACUAGGCGUCUCCUGCGAUCCCACAGAGGACUGUGGUGGCCACAGGAGCUGAAAGCAGAAGAGUGGGAUUUGACGCCAGGCAGUGGAGCGGCCUCAGCCCCAGAUUGUACCUCCUGCCCUGUGGGGUGGGGGGGGGCAAAGCCUUCUGACUUCACCUUUAUUUGACCUAUGUAUGGAACUUACUUUUACUUUUUGCCUUAAAUUUUUAAUGAAAUGCAAGUUUUCUGUGAUGGGUUUCUCUCUCUCUUUUUUUCGGGGGGUGGGGUCACUAAUAAAUUUGCAAAUGAAGUUAAGGACAAGGCAACCAUCUGGCUUAUGCUAUGUAAUACUUCAUUUAAAGAAGAAAGGAAAAGCAAAUGCACUUGCAACGUUUGAGGUCUCAGCAAAAAUGGGAAUGUGUCUUUUUUGAAGUUUAGAAAUAUCCUAAUCUAUUUUUAUUUAUCUAAAAGUAAGUGUUUUCCAGCUGAUAAGGCUAACCCUACCAUUCCUUCUCAGGAAAGGAUUGAUAACUAAAUAAAUUUCCUCUGUUUUCCCAUGCAUUGAAAUUAUGUUGGCUGGGCAUGGUGGCUCACACCUAUAAUCCUAGCACUUUGGGAGGCUGAGGUGGGUGGAUCACUUGAGGUCAGGAGUUCGAGACCAGCCUGGCUAACAUGGUGAAACCCCGUCUCUACUGAAAAUACAAAAAUUAGACGGGCGUGGUGGCACACACCUGUAAUCCCAGCUACUUGGGAGGCUGAGGCAGGAGAAUUGCUUGAACCUGGGAGGCGGAGGUUGCAGUGGGCUGAAAUUGUGCCACUGCACUCCAGCCUGGGUGACAGAGGGAGACUCCGUCUCACAAAAAAAAAAGAAAAAAGAAAAAGAAAAAAGAGAAAAGAAAUUAUGCCAGCUGUUUAAUGUGAGAGAAUAGAAAGAAUGUUCAUGGAAAGUUCCUGUCCUGUAAACUGUUUGAUCAUUUUCAUUAAUGUUGGAGAGAAUCCGACUGCUUAAUAGAGAAAGUGAACAGAUUAAGAAUUUAAAAGACAGGUUCAGGCAUGUCAUAAGUGAAAACAAGAAGGCUUAAUACAAACUUGUUGGGUUUUGUAUGUAUGUGUGUGGUUUUUUUUCUUCUUUUUUUUUUUUUGGUUCAGCCUAUCUAGCCACCUACAAAUAAUCACAUUUCUAUUACCUGAAUUUACUUUAUUUCUCAGCCUGUAAACACACUUAGUCACUGUUACCUGUUUCUUGCUUAGUGAAUAUAAUCUUAGCACUGUCAUCUAGAAAGCAAGAUAUUUGAUUGGUUUUCUGGUUCCUUUGAAGAUAAUAAUUCCAUAUCCAGUUUGACUGAUUUUCAUACCCCUGAAUCAACUAGUUAUUUUUAUGAAAUGGUUUUUGGAUAGCUCUCCUCUAGUUUGGAGGAGUAAUAGUCACAAAGAUUAAUAUUUUGCUUAUAGUACUUACAGUAGAAGAAUUUUAAACUGGUACGUCUACUCCUGUUAAAUAGAAAGGGGAUUCAUUGUAUUAUGUGCUUGCUUUUUUUUAAUCAAUAGAAUAAGAUUCAAUGCAUAUUUAUGUUAUAUAUUUUCCACUAUUCAGGUAUCAUGAAAUCACUCCAGAGAUAAUCAAUCAACAUCAUAUUUAUACUUUUGGUUAAUUAUAUACUACUCAGGGAAAAAAUGAACAAAAAUAAUUAUUCAUCCUUCAAUUUCAUUUUCUUGAAACAAUAAGAGUUAGUAUAAUUUGGUAUGCCUCAGUUGUCACCAUUAUAUAAGUGGCUCAUUCUGUUUUUAAAGUAAGUAUUUUUAUUGGAACUCAGGGUAAUUGGGGGAAUUUAUUUAGCUUCUAAAAUAUCCAGCAGGAUAGAGAAGAUUUAUUUGGCUUCAAAAAUGUCUGGUGACCACUUCUCUUAUUAGCCACUACUGUCCAUUUGAUUCAAAAAUAUAUUUAUUGGUCUCCACGAUGUGUGACACACACAGAAGUUCCAAACAUACCACUUUUGAGAAAAAUGUGCAGUAAAAAGGAGGUUUCUAGAAAGUGACAGUAACUCACAUUUAAGCACUAGCUGACCUAGGAGGAGACCUGGAUCUUCAUUCUGGUUCUGCCUUUCAUGAGACUUAAGACUUGGAGGAGCCACCUGUCCUGUCGACCCCAAGUUCCUCAGCCGUAAGCAAACGGGUUAAUACUAAGAGUUCAGGACCAGUUGGGUGUCGUGAACGGAGCCAUUAGCAAGGUCUGUAGGAUUCAAGGACUUGGGCAAAUCCACAGUCCACACUGUUGUCAUGGUCAUUGACUUUUACUACUUGAGCUCAAAGCCCUGACAUUUCAAAAGGUUGUCAUGAUAACAGUGAAACCUCUGAAUCCCUUAAAUCAGAAGGCAUGGCAACAUACUUUUUCCACUGGCAAUAGCUCUUACAAUGAGUGUUGCAUAAUGAAAUAGUCUCUGCUGAAGAAAACAUGUUUUCGUUUUGCUCUCUCUGCUUUAUUGGUUUCUGUGCUGUGUAGAAUUGGAGAAGAUACAUGCUCUGAAAUAUUUUAUACAGAUUACUGACUACUGGACAGGGUUUACCACUAUAUAACAUCUCAAAGUUAUUCAAGGAUAUUUAAAGCAUAUUUAGUUUAGUUACACCUUAUUUUAAACCGCAGAAAACAAUAGCUUUAAAAUUUUUGCCAUUAAAAUAAUUAUAAAUUUAUACUUUUACUCAAGGACUAGAUCAGUUUUAGGACAAAAAUCUUUCCUAUUUAAAAUUCAUACCUUGUAAGUAUUUAGUUUGUAUAUUCAUGAACAAAUCCGGACAUUUAUACUUUUUUUUGUUUCCUUAUCAACUGUUCACAAUUAUUAGUUAAUUGGUCUUAACAGUUCUACGUUAUAAUUGAAAGAAAAAUUACUUGAGAGAAUAAUUGUUUCAGAAUAGUGCCUGCUAUUUCUGUGUUAGCUAAAAAUUUGUCCAGAGUUUUAGAUAUAAGCCAGUAUUUUGUGGAGUUUUAUCCAGGCAUUAAUAGUUCUUCCUGGCUGAAAUUUAAUAUAGGUGCAGAAUCCUAAAUAACACUGUGAGAUGUGAUCUUAACUGCCCUCAAUACCUUAUAAAACUGCUGCAUUUAACCCAGUGUGCAUUUAAUGAGUGGCUGGUCGUUGAUACACUCAUCUUAGAUGCUGAAAUUUCUGUUUUCUCCAGCCCUUGUAAAAGUGGGUUUCUUGAUCAACGCGUGCUCCCAAUGCUGAAGGAAAAGAUUUGCAUUUAAGAAAAGAAAUGGCCGGGCGUGGUGGCUCACGCUUGUAAUCCCAGCACUUUGGGAGGCCGAGACGGGCGGACUUUGGGAGGCCGAGACGGGCGGAUCACGAGGUCAGGAAAUGGAGACCACGGUGAAACCCCGUCUCUACUAAAAAUACAAAAAAAAAAAAAAAAUUAGCCGGGCGUGGUGGCGGGCGCCUGUAGUCCCAGCUACUUGGAGAGGCUGAGGCAGGAGAAUGGCGUGAACCCGGGAGGCAGAGCUUGCAGUGAGCCCAGAUUGCGCCACUGCACUCCAGCCUGGGCGAUAGAGCGAGACUCCGUCUCAAAAAAAAAAAAAAAAAGCAAAGAAAAGAAAAAAAAAGAAAUACACUCUGAAAUUUGAGUUUGAAAGAUUAGAACGUAGAGGGUCUCUACAGUGUUUUUCUGCAACACGAAGUAGUCAAAUCUAUUUAUAGAAACUCUGAUUACAACAGAAAUUUUAAAAUGAAAUUUUCCACGUCGGUAUUUUGUAGGAAAGCUCUUAUAAUCAAUGCUUAAGCUGCUUUUUGAGGCUUUUCUUGUACAGAGGUUGCAGCCAAUUACAUUUUAAUUGGUAGGCUGCUGAAUAAUGUUUUUGUAUGUUUUAAAAUAAUAUUUAUUUUAAUAGGUUUUUUAACAUUAUGCAAACCCCAAUAAAGAACUGACACGCUCCAUAGGCCAUUGACUGGGAAAUUUUGUGAAACACAGCCUAAAUACACAGUUUUUACACCAACUAAUUUGUCUUACCUUUAAAACUGAUUAUAACUCCUCUUUAAGUACAACUUUUAUAAAGAAAAAACACAGCACUAAGACUAUAUGUUCUAUAAAUUAUGGUGUGAUGACCCAUGCAGAACCGCUGUCUGAAGCUUACUCAGCGAUGCAUAGCCAUCUCCAGCCGUGUUUUAUCAAACGUCACACUAAGAAUAAAUGGAAAUGCUCCAGUGAAAAACCAGAAGUUACAGAGCAACAUAGGUAAAAUGACUAACCAGUUUCUUAGUAACGUGUUUGAAAUGGAAAAGGUGACUGACUAUCUUUCACCAGAGUCUUAGCUGUUUCAUGUUCACUAUUUUAGGUUAAUUUUCUUGGGAAAUCAAUUUGAAUAUUCCUCCCUGUACUUUCGCAUUAAAGGACAAAAAUACAUGUUGAGAGUUUGACAGACUUUUAAAAUAUGCCUCUUUCCCAAUUUUAUGUAUUUUUGGUUCUGCGCACACAGAUUUAUCAAUGAAGUACAUUUGCCUCUGACUUUAUCACAAGGAAAAAGGAAUCAAACAUUGAACACAAAUGUGUUCCAAACCAGUCUUGUCCAUCUUGUCACUUUUACGUGACUGCUCCUCUGAACCAGAAGGGGCAUGAUAGAAGGCAAUAGGAAUGAAAGUAAAAUCAUUCAGGUGAAGUGAGAAAUUCUUCCAUAUACAGAGUGAACAUGUGUGAUUUCAUUCCUGCCUUCCUUUAAACGUUGUGUCUUGAUCUCUGCCUAGUAGUAGUUGAGCCCUCAGUUGCCCAAACAUGAGGAGAGACCCAACUCCAGCAGCCAGAAUUCAGUAUUUACAUUUGCCUUCCCGAGUUGAGAAUAGAAUGUGGUGUUCUGUGCUUUCUGUUUUUAUUAUUCCAAAAUAUUUUUUUAAAGAAGUGUUAUUUUUCAACAGAUUCAUAAAUUAGUUGCUGAUGUAUGGUAAAUUAAAACUCCCACUGUGUCAGUCAAACUGAGAUGUGCUAAUUUCAUAACCACUCAUUUCUAGUCUGUCAGAGCUGCGCUGGUGGCUUAUUGCUGGUUUUUAAAGGUGUUUUUAACUUACUUGUAACAUGUUUAGGACAUGUUUUUUUUUCUAAUUUGUGUGUCUUUACAACUGAUUAAACAGUAGUUUAAAAAUA